AUGUCCUUCUCAACAAGCAACAUAUGGCGAUCCGUCCCUCAUAUCCCCUCAUUCCACCAUCUCCCAAUUCCAUCCUCCUCUCGCGUCACCCUCCACUGUCUCUCAUUUCGAUCAUCCAGUCAUCAUCCCGCUUAUCGACGCCAAACUCAACUGAGAUGCAUUUCUGGAGGAGUGAGGAGGAUGCAGGAGUUGAGUGCUACGCAUGGAAUCCCUAGUCCUCAGAGUGAAGCAGGAUUCCAAGCCAUGGAUAGCAAAGGGAAAGGGAAAGAGGAAACCAAGAGAAGAGAUUUCAAAGCUAAGAAGAACGCUAUCACUAUGACACCAGCCGCCUUGACUCGUCUGCGUAACCUCCUCGCAUCCCCUUCCGAUCCUAAGCUUCUUCGGAUAGGUGUUAAAUCCCGAGGUUGCGCAGGGAUGGCAUACCACCUGGAAUACGUAUCUCCCCCAGGGGGGCGCUUCGAUGAAGUGGUGGAGCAAGACGGGGUCAAAGUUUUGAUAGACAGCAAGGCUCUGUUUAGCAUCAUUGGGAGUAGGAUGGAUUGGAGGGAUAAUCGGUUAAGUGCGGGUUUCAUGUUUGACAAUCCAAAUGUCGUUGAUACAUGCGGUUGUGGUGAGAGUUGUGAGUGA